AUGUUACAAAAGGCUGAGUGUGAUAUUAACCACCCGUUUGCUGAUCUUGUUCAAGAAGAUUGUACUGAAGCCACCGGAGAAACAACUGUAACACUCGCCAAGAAAAAAACCGUUACCAAUGGCUUCUUUCUCGAACUGGGUCCUCUCCCUCAAGUGGUGCUAUUCUCCACUGGCGUUAUGUCCUUGGCCGUGACUUUGAAGUUCUCUGUUCCUCUGGUCUCGGAUUUCAUCGUCUCCGAUGUUCCUAACAUUUGGAGCUUCUUCCUCACAUGGUUAAGGCCUCCUUACCUAUACAUUCUCGUCAACUGCAUAAUCAUCAGUAUCGCCGCCUCUUCCAAGUUCAUGAAUCACAAGCUCCAUGAUCAAGCUCGCUCGACAGAUCCACCGGUCGUUCUUCCAACCGAUCAAGUCAAAAUGGCCGGCGAGAUACGUCCGGAGUAUGCCAUCUACAACGUGGGCAACGAAGCGGUUUCUGAGGCGGACAUGAUCUCCAGCGAUUUACGGACCGACUACGCUGCCUUCAGCUGCGUCAUUUCGGAAGGUUACGUUCACGAUUGGAAAGUACAGGAGAUGGCUCCCGAGGUUCAGUGGGAAAGCGGCGUUGGGAGUGGCGAGGCGAAGCGGCAGGACACGCUGGAGAGUACGUGGAGGACGAUGACGGAGGGACGUGCUAUGCCGUUAACCAGGCACCUGAAGAAGUCCGACACGUGGGACUCAAACCACCACCGUAACGAUACGCCGCUAAGGGACCGAAACGGGUGUACCCCUCCGAAUUCGAAACUGAUGAAGAAGUCGGAGACGUUCAGCGAGCAAAGCCGAGCCUACAAGGAGAAUAACUCAUCGGCGAGUUCGUCGCCGGGAUCCGCGAAGAUGAGGAAAGAACCGUCGCUGAGUCAGGACGAGUUGAAUCGACGAGUAGAGGCUUUCAUCAGGAAGUUCAACGAGGAGAUGAGGUUACAGAGGCAGGAAUCGUUGAGGCAGUACCGCGAAAUGAUCAAUAGUGGGGCCCGUUGAGACGUUACCGUUGUGAUGUUUUUCCGAUCGUCUUUUUAUCCGAAAAAGAAACAAAAGAAGUCGCGCCUUGUCUUGUGACUCUUUGAUUUUGUUAUUUUCCCAAGUGAAGAAGCUACCAUUUUGGUAGGUUAUU